AAAGGUGGUGAGAGAAGCUGGGAAGAUGUUGUCAGCGCUUUGUCCAGUCCUAUCGUGGGCCAGAGUGACAUAGCCAAGACCAUCGAGAGAGAUUAUCUACAGUCUAGUGAUGCAAGCAAUCCUACUGAUGUGAAGUCAGAGGUUGACCAACAUCGCCAGCUGAUCAAUAACGAUUUGACUAUUUUUCUAGACGAGCGUCUCGGUAAAGGUGCAUUUGGAGCAGUCUUCAAAGGCAGCUACAAGGGCGAGAUAUGUGCAGUCAAACUUCUAAUUUAUGAAGCUAUGGAGAUGCAGACAGGUAUUCCGGCUGGUAAAAGUGAAGAAGCCAGCAAAGCAUUUGAUCGUGAGUGUGAGUUUCUCCAGUCACUCCAGCACCCAAACGUUGUUCAGUAUUUGUGGUACAAUCCUCGUUGUUGAGCUGAUGGAUUGCAGUCUGAGAUCCUAUUUCUCCAGCCUUGAUGAAGAGUCCCUCACUAGCGAAUGUGAAAUUAGCCUCUCCAAAAACAUGGCUUGUGGUCUGGCCUACAUUCAUAGCAAGCAGAUUAUCCACCGUGACCUCUGUGGUGAUAACGUCUUGCUGAAGCUAACACAGCCAGUGCCUGUCGCAAAAAUUUCUGACUUUGGCAUGUCACGAUUAUACGAUCCCUCCCAUCUUAGCCACACCCUCACAGCCAUUGGUCACCGUAUGGGGUUUCUACCUCUCGAGGCGAUUCGAUUGGACAAGGAGAAAUACGAUACUAGCCUGGAUGUUUUUUCCCUUGGGGCGAUUAUGGUACAGAUUGUUCGGAAGCUGAAGACGGUCAAAUCUGUGGAAGAUCGAUUAGACCAUGUUGCCCAGAUUCCCCACACACACAGGUUGAGGACGCUUAUCGACAGUUGCUUGCAAGAAGACAUGAGGAGGAGACCAUCUGCCAGGGACAUCUAUGCUUCACUUACAAGCGACUCAGACACAGUGGAGGCAACAAAGAGGGAGUCAAAGGAUACUCAAGUAAAUAAACAUUUACAUCCAAUAUCUGAGAAAGACACUCAUUCACAAGCAUCUAUCGAUCGGCUUCAAGCUGAGCAAGUUCGUGGACUGGAAGAAGUGAUCACUCUCCAACAAGAACAGUUUGAAUUUCAACCCAGAGAAAUUGAUUAUCUGGUGAAGUCUCUACAGAUACAACCUCGGGAGGACACUCAACCAGAUAAUAACUUGACUGCAGAUGCUAACCUGACAAGUGGCUCGGACCCAGUGGAGGCAACAAAGAGGGAGUCAAAGGACAAUCAACCAGUCAAGAAGGCUCACAGAGAACAGAUUGAGCACAAAGAUGCUGAGCUGGUCAUGAGAAACGCCAUCAUUCAACAGCAGAGACAGGGUCCCCCUCCCAGAGAGUUGAGACCUCCACUCACUCUGAAAUGGAGAAGAGGAGAAGACAUGCCAAUCGAGAUGGGUGGCUCGGUACAGAGUGUUGUUAUCGGUGACACGGUGUAUGUUGGUGGAAGUGGUGCAGACAAUGAUUGUGACAGGUGUACAGUGAUGAAGCUUGAGCAAGAUCAAUGGACUAAACUAUCACAGUAUACUGCCAAGUGGUUCGCUAUGGCAUCAGUCGCUAAUCUACUAGUACUGGUGGGAGGGUAUAUGAUUCAAGUAAUAAACUCACCGAUCAACUUGCAGUGUUUGUGUCAGGAGAAUGGACUCAUCCGUACCCACCAAUGAACAUUGCUCGUCACUCUUCAAUAGCUGUCUCCUUCAACAACCACAUCAUCGUAGCUGGUGGGAAUGGUGGGCGUACCUUCUCCUCCACUGUGGAGGUGUUGAACGUGGCAUCAAGAAGAUGGUACAUUGCUCAGUCACUACCUAACCCACGAUUAUCACUAAAAUCGACUCUCAUAGGAAACACCCUCUACCUAAUGGGAGGGUUCGAUCACAAUGAGCCACCAACCAAGACAGUGCACCACGUCAACCUCAAUGAACUCAUUGCAAAGGCCCUUUCCAACCAGGACACUCCCACUCUCUGGCAGACCUUACAGGAAGUACCACUCGCGUUUUCAGCUUCUGUCAGUAUUGGGAGGUCACUAUUAGCCGUUGGUGGACAGGACGACAGAGCCAACCCAAGUUCAUUGAUUCACCUCUACCAGCCUGACACCAGGAGGUGGGUGAAAGUGGGAGACCUGCCUACUGCACAAUCCCAGUGCACAUGCUCAGUACUUCCUAGUGGAGAGUUCAUUGUAGCCGGAGGACGGACACUAUAUUCUAAUCGUAUUCAAACUGUUGAUUUCUUCUCUAUAAGUGCUAAUUAGUUAAUUGUUUCUCUUUGUAAUGUUGGCAUUGAGUUAACCUCGUUCUGAUAA